AUGGCUCCGACGAUAAGAACCGUCGUAGAUUACUCUACUCACCAAGAGCACUCCGUCGAUUUCUUCGGAAACAAGUUGCUUGUCACCGUAACCCGGACUGCAUCCAUCAUCAGCCAAUGGAUCAGAAACAUCGAGCCCUACAAUCGUCGUCCGUACUCCUCUCACCCUUUCGUCGUUGGGGUCGGCGUUCAGUGGACUCCGGCUGGUUAUCACUCCGGUUAUCCACGGGAUAGCUCUUACUCCGAUGGUAGCUACUACGGCGAUUCUUCACCUGGAAACUACAACGGCAACGCUCCUCGGAACAGUUACUACUCCAAUCCUCCACCGGCUAACAACUACGCCGUUUCUCGGCAGCGCAGCAGCUACGCAGAUCCUUCGCCGCGUGGCUACAACGUCGAUCCUGAAGCAGACACUCUCCAGCUAUGCGUGGGUAACCGAUGUCUCAUAAUCCAGCUAUCUCAUUGUGACCGCGUCCCCGACGAACUCCGGAGUUUGCUCGCAGAUCCGGAAACCAUCUACUUCGGCGUAUGGAACCACCAAGACGCGCGGAAGCUAGCAGGAUGUAGACAUCGGUUGGUGACUAGAAAACUUUUGGACAUAAAGGAUUAUGUGAAAGAUUCGACAGGCCGGAGCAUGAGUGAUUGUUCGUUUGAAGCGAUUGUCAAGGAAUGUAUGGGUUAUCAUGGAGUGAGGCUAGAUGGGGAGAUCAGCAUGAGCGACUGGAGCGUUUACAACCUUUGCAAUGAACAGAUACUCCAGGCCUCACUAGAUGCUUACGUUUGCGCCCAGAUCGGUGUUUGGCUUCGUGGCUAG